AGCGUGGUGACAGCCGUCGUUUGUCAAAAUUCUAACCAAAAAUCGAGGUUAUGUUUUCAGUUUCAAAAACAUGUUAAAUAACACAAAACGCGUUUCGUACUGCAUUCUUUCGUUUAAUAAACGUUUCAUGUCAGUGAAACGCAAAUACCCCAUAAAUCCCGACGACGCCAAAACUCUACCAGUGUUCGAAUAUGGGGUUAGUAAAGACUCGUACAGGAGAGUCUUCGUGUGGGGGAACCUCCAAACGGGGGCUUUAGGUGUCCCAUAUUUGAAAAAAAACCGUAACACGUUACAACGGGAAUGUUUAGGUGCCCCCAAACGCUUAGGGUUUGCUGAAAAAUUUCCAGUUAAGACUGCGGCCUGCGGUUUCGGGUUUACCGCCUUUGCUGUGGACACCGACUCCGGGCACAAAUUAUAUGGAACCGGACUCAACACCGACUCGCAAAUUGGCCGCCACGAAAUCCGAAGCGGACACCCUUUAGAAAUUAUUUAUUUCCCUCAACCUAUCCACCUACCGCUGAAAAACCCAAAAACUAAAAUAAAAAAAAUAUCAGCGGGGCGAGCGCACCUUGCGGUUUUAACCGACGAAGGUUUAUUUCUUCUAGGAAACAACUCAUACGGACAAUGUGGCCGAAAAAUAAUUCAAGAUGAAAAUUACUUCAUGAGUAAUUAUAUCAACCACGUGCGCCACAUUGACGGUCAAACUAUCAAAGACAUAGAGUGUGGACAAGACCACACUUUAGCUAUCACCGAAAAUGGGGCUGUGUUUUCAUGUGGAUGGGGGGCUGACGGUCAAACGGGCCUAGGAACUUUCAACAACGUCAGUGUUUUUAGUCGCGUGAAAGGCGACAUUGAAUCAGAACACAUCAUAAAAGUGGCCUCUAGGUCCGAUUUCGUGUUGGCGCUAAACAACAAAGGUGAGGUGUUUGGUUGGGGGAACGCAGAAUAUGAUCAGAUUCGCAAUCAGCGUAAUGAGCAACAAAUUUGUCAUCCAACGCACCUUAAACAUUUGGGUGUUGGAAAAGUCCAGGAUGUGGGGGCUGGGGGGUCUUUUUGUGUGGUGGUUAAUGACAAGGGGGAGGUGUUUACGUGGGGGUUUGGUAUCUUAGGGGCGGGGCCGAAGGUUGAACAGUCUUUUAAGCCAAUCAAACUAGCGGAAAGUUUGUUUGGGAGGAACGAUUUUCAGCCUGAUAGUAGGGUGGUGAAAGUGGUUUGUGGGUUGAGUUAUGCGGUGGCGGUUACUAGUUUGGGGGAUAUUUAUGCGUGGGGGAGGAAUUUGAGGAGUUGUCUUGGACUGGGGAGUGAAAAGGAUCAGUAUUUUCCGUUUAAGGUGUCUUUGGGGGGUUAUGUCGAGAGGGUGUUUUGUGGGUAUGAUCACACUGUAGCUAUUUGUAAGCCGUUUAUUUAAGUCAUAAUAUAUAUUUAAAAAUA